ACAGCAGCCAUGCUUAUUUUGUAUUUUUUUCCCCAAAUCCAUUUUAUUCAAAGAUAAAAACAAAUUUUAAAGCAUGCCAGUCGUCGUGCAACCAGACAUUCACCCAGGGCGCUUCUGUGUUCCGCGGUCAGCACACUCAGCGGCGACCGGCUGAACUUUUCACACGUGUCACUUUUCUCACUGCUUAGUGUGCUCACGGCGCAUCUGUUUCCUUGUGGAAGUGACCAGUGCAUCCUCUGCAGCCCAAACCCGAGCUGCCAGCGCUGGGAAGGAGGCGGGCAGUGCCAGUCUCCCUGAUCAGGGCAAAGCGAGGGUCCCCCGCCGGCGGCCUCAGCCUCUGCAGCCCAGGACCCGCUGCCGCGGUUUGGGCUGUGCAGCCUUCCUGCAGCGGGACGCGGCCCCGGGGCGCUGCCGAGCCCCAACUCCCGAGCCCCAGCCGCGCUGGGUCCCCACCCUCAGGCCAACAGCGCUGCGGCGCGGGCGGGCGCGGGGCGGGGCCGGGCGGGGAGCCCAGGGAGCCGAGGGAGCGGAGCCGCCGCGGUGCCGCAAUGGCCUGGCCCUGCAUUUCCCGCCUGUGCUGCCUGGCGCGGCGAUGGAACCAGCUGGACCGCUCAGACGUGGCGGUGCCGCUGACCCUGCACGGCUACUCGGAGCUUGAGAGCCAGGAGCGGGGCCUGAGCAGCGCCGCCCCGCGCAGCAGCGUGCACCCCGCGGGCGGCCAGGAUGAGGACCGGGCCGCGCCGCUCACUCAGUAUCAGUGCGACUUCGGGGUGUGCACGGGGCCCCGAGACUUGGGGCCGGGUGGCCGCAGGGCCAGGCCUUCUGCGACCCCUCCACGGGGCGUCUACGUGCUGCCCAUUGGCGACGCGGCUACAGCGGCCACCACCUCGUACAGGCAGGAGUUCCAGGCGUGGACUGGAGUGAAGCCCUCAAGAGCCACCAAGGCAAAGCCAGCCAGGGUCAUCACCACACACAGCUCCGAAUGGAAUGGCAGCCCGGAGCCUGGCUUCCAGGUCCCCAAGGUGAAGAGAAAGUUCACGCCUAACACCUCAGCCAUCUUUCAGCCUUCCGCUCCCCAGGUUCUCAACGUGUGACCCCGAGCAGUGACUGAGCUGCUGUUAGGAGCGUGACUGCAUCGGGCUGCAGGCCUGCUGCGUGGCAGAGCUAAAGGGGACAGCGCCCUGGCUCUGCCAGCCUCCAGCAGUCUCUCCUGAAGCUUCCCGUUCUUGGGGUAUCAGCCGUGCCUGUCUCCAAACCGCACAGCAUGGGGAUCUGUUGAGGAACCCGUACCUCUCCGGCAGCUUCCCCAGGACGCUCGGUCCUUUAUUCAUCUUGUACCCCACAGCAACCGCCGUCUGCCUCGUCCGUUUCCGUUGUAAACUCAGGUCACCACCUGCAUGUCACUCACGGUGAUGCCCAAGAACCUCAAGCUCAGGGGCUCCGCCUUGCGAGGUGUUUCUCUCCAGCCAGGAUGACCCUCAGGUUUCAGCACAGCGCUGAGGCAAACGUGGUACCUAGGGCAUGAAUGGCCAUUACCCUGCAGGACUUUCUACUUUGACCGGAACACAGGGUAACUCCGAGUGACCUGGCAUGGCCGUUAGGGGGCGCGCUUCGGGGAUGGUGGCCUUCGCCUCACUCCUUAAAGGCCUGUAGACGGCGCCUGCGCCAGCUUUCAGCCCUGCUGAAGCUUGCAGGACAGGUCUCGGGCUCCGGGAGCUCCCCCGGAGCCGCCCCGCAAGGAAGGAUGCGUGCCCUGCAGAAGCCCUGGCCCUCUGCCCAGCAGCUUCCUGCCACCUCAGGGGCUCUGUCCCUUCUUGCAGAGUAGAGGUAUAAAGCUCAAGGUGGUUUGGGGGAAGGAAACCAAAGGAUUCCUGUGAUUCUUUCUCCCAGGCCCUAGGGGUGGCAUUCGGCUGCAGAAUCCCGUCCCCUCCCCUCAGAGGUGCUAGCUCUGCAGGCCCAGCCCCUCCUGCGGGCCCUGAGGCUCACGUUGUGGGGGGAGGGGGACGGCGGGGCGUGGGCUUGCGGUUUGCAGCUCUAAGCGAUGGUUUGCAUAUUGAAGGCCGGGAGGAAGGGCCCCCUGCUGGGAGCGCCGCAGAUUAACACAGAUUAACAUACAAUCUGACCUUACUAAAACGCAGACACGCCGUUCGUUUCUUCUUUAAAUUAUAAACGGGGUUUAAAUUAUAGACCUGAAAGUCUCCUUGG